AUGAAUGCUUCAAACUUAAUUAUUGAUAAAGGCAAUAAAAUGGGUAAAGGCAGUAGUAUGAAUAAAAUUAUAGAAGUUGAUGAUGGCAUGGAAGUAGAUAAUAACACAGAAGUGAAUGAUAGCAUAAAAGUAAAUAAAAGCAUUAGAGUAGAUAAUGGCAUCGAA